GCUGUGUGUGCCGGCGAGGCGCACGGCUCCCGGUCACUCCCGAGCUCAUUUGCCAGGGCUCCUGAAAGCCAAGGGACCCGCGGUGCGGGGCGAAGGGAGGGGGCUGCAGCAUGGAGCUGAUGGUGCUGCUCAAUGCCCUGGUCACCCGCCUGCUCUUCGUGCUGCACUCACUCAUCGGGGUUUGGAGAGUCACUGCCGUGAAGAAGGAACCCAAGUACUGGCUGCUGGCACUGCUCAAUCUUCUCCUGUGCCUGGAGACAGGGCUCACCCUCAAGUUUAAGCAAGGCAGAGGCUACAAAUGGUUUUCACCAGCAAUAUUUUUAUAUCUGAUUUGCAUAGUACCAUCACUCUGGCUACUAGAACUUCAUCAUGGAACUCAGUACUGUGGCAAUGAGCCUGGGGCAGUUCAGGUGAAUGUCAGCAAUCAAGACUUCAAUCAAUCCAGAGAGAGCAGUCAUGGAAGUGAGGGAACAGAUCACCACAUCAUUCAAACGGCUAAAGUCUUUGUCAAUCAGCUCUCCACAAUCUGUGAGACUGUAUGGACACUGGCCCUCCACCAGACUUUUCUACUGCUACUAGUAGUUGGGAGAUGGCUUCUCCCCAUUGGAGUUGAAAUCACCCGGGAUCAAUUGUCUCAGCUGCUUCUCAUGUUUGUGGGAACAGCAGCAGAUAUACUUGAAUUUGCUAGUGAAACCUUGGACAUUGAGGAUGUUCGGAAGAAUUACGCUCUCAUAAAUGCAAUCCUUGCUGUAUGGACCUGGAGUAUGUUACAAUUUCCACUUGAUCUUGCAGUACAGCACAUUGGCUGCAAACCAAGUGCAUCGGCCAGGCGGAUCCCCAGCCUGCUGCUGUGCCGGUACAGCGCGGAACUCUGGAACAUUGGGGUCAGCCUUUUCAUACAGGACGGCCCCUUCUUCAUUGUGCGUUCAAUUCUGAUGGGCCACUUCAGGAUAUUCAAUCAGAUGCUGGUAUUUUUUACAGCUAAGAAUAUCUUAGUUGUGACUCUACAGUUGUAUCGACUGGCAGUGAUAACGUUAGACUUCCGUGCUACUGUUCUGCAGAAGAGCAGGAAAGGAGAAGUCUGCUGCUGCCCAUGUGAGCCUUAUGAAGCUCAUGCUACUGGUCACCAAGAGAAUGAAAUGAAAGAGUUUGUUGCUUUUCCUCCAAAAGAGGAAUCCCAAGCUCCAUCAGAAGAUCACUGAGCAGUUAUUGACCUGGAAGAACUUGCAUUUCCCACAGCUUCCUCAGAAGGGCUUUGCCAGUUUCUGUGGUCAAAGAGGUCUUGAGUGCCUAAAUCAUCUUUUCCAUCAAGAGAAUGUUAAUUUCUUCUAAAUUGUAGGGGAACUUUCUCAAGCAAAUUCAUACAAAUGGAACUUUUAAAAAAAUCCCUUUUUUGGUGGGUUUUGACUAGCUCCAUAUUAUAUUACUCACAGGGAUUCUGUAGCCAUAGUUUGUACUAUCCAGAAAGGUUGGGAGCACUAAGAAGAUUGGUUAUCACCAUUGGUGGCACUGUGCUGACCUAUGUACUUGCAUGUAUUCAAGUAGAAGGACAAGGCUAUGCUUUUAGGAAGCACAAAAGCAUUGAGCUCUACUAGAAUGGUAGGGCUAUAACUACAGUGUGAUGAGCAAUAUGUUUGCCAUGUACAGGAGGAACUGCAGCAGCAACAGCUGUGCAGCCAUGUUAGGGCUGUUACUGUGACACGAGAACAUUGUUCAUUCCAGAAAUUUAAGGAAACCUUCUUCAGAUGUUACCUCAUCUUUGGCUGGAUUCAGUUAAGAACUAAGCAACACCAUGAAACUGCAUACAAAAGACUCUUAUGACCUGCCUGGUUUGAAUAAUCUAAACCUUAACAAAAAGGAGAAAAGCAGUCCCUUGGAUCACUAUAAGACACCUGCAUUUGCUACAGGAAUUUUCUACAGAAUUGCUUGCCUUUCUAUUUCUACAAGUUAGAGCUUUGACGCACAGAACACGCAUGGACAAAAUCUCACCAAAAUAUUUCUAAAUACUUUUUUACUCUUGAUUUUACAGUUCUGGUCUUAGAGUUGAGACAGUUUUUUUAAUGUCUCCAUUUUGUAUGAUUUUAAAAAGUGGCCUGACCUAGAAUCUCUCUAGAAAGAAGAUGGCACUGCCACUCAAAGCGAUCUAAGCCAAAGGAUUCAGGCAUGCACUUCAUGUUUCAUGAAGCACCACAAGGUCCCAUGAAACAACUUGAGAAAUUGUCUGGUCUGGUGAGUGUCAAGAUCCAUUUUUAAGAAAUGGCUUAUAAUUAAUACUUUACUACUUUCACAUUUGGAGUGAACAACAUAGGUCCCAGUUUCUCCCAAGAGCACGCUUGAGAUCAGUGUAAGAUCAUUGAGUUUGCUGGAUUUAGCUUAGAGAAGCUGAAAGUAAGAUAAGUGAUUUUUGAAAGUCUGCCUAAAAAUUAUAUUCUCACAGAAGACGGCUGGUGUUUUUACAGAUUUCUGCAUCCAUUCUGAAAGACAGCAGAAAGGCAUAUAUAGUGACCUAAUUAAGGUAAUUUCACAUAUUAAAAAUACCAAAUGAAAUCUUAUUUUCUAAAAGCCUCUACUGUCUGAAAACCAGAGUCAGGUUUCAGGAAUGAAUGGAAGUGAUUCUACCAUCAUUGUAGCAGUCAUAUACUUAUUUGUCCACAGCCUGAUAAGCAAUGACACAUUUAUUCCUUGAAAGAUUAACCCGUUUAAAAAGGCCAAACACUAAAGACAUGAACACGUGUUUGUAUUUGUGAGUUCUUCUCUGCUUAUUUUCAACCUUUUUCCAGCAAAAAACGGCAGCAAUUUUUAAAAGCCAAUUGCUACAUGCCAUGGCGUUUUGAGGAAGAUAUGGAAAAUGGAAUGCAACUUCAUUUUGGAUUUUAAUUCAAGUCUAGAGGUAAAAAAGUGACAGUUCUGAUGAGCUGUGCUGUCUAAAACCUUUCACACUGAGAUGAAUUUACAAUCACUUGGUAGAUCCACAACAUAGCUCUUCCUUAUGGAUGUAAGCCGGAACUACUCGUAUUCAUUUUGAGUUUACCACUUGCUGAUAUAGUAAUUAUCCUGUUAAAAGGAUCACUGCUAAUUAAUUUGGAGUGUACUGAGCUUGCUAGAACAUAAUUCUAAAUUCAUCAGCAGAAAAAUUGCAAGGAUGUACUUUUAAAAAACUCAAUAUUUAAAGUAUUCGUUCAGCAACAAAUUGCCUACUAGUCUCAGUCUGCAGCAAAUGCAAGAUCCCCGAGGGUCAGCAGUACAGAGACUGGUUAUGGCAGGAAUACUCACAGCAAGCUCUAGUUCCUGGUCUUCAGGUUGUUCAAUUUUAAACAGCAGUAAAGCUUCUAAUCACAUUUAUGGGGAUAAGAACUCACUCUAGUGUUAGGUGGUUACUACAAGAUCCCAUCCUCAUUGACUCACAGACAAAAUACACCUGAUCCUCUUUAUGUUUACAAUAAAGUAGAUUUGGACUUCCCUUCUCCUCCCCACUAUUGUAGUGAUGGCAAUCAGAUUGCUUAAAACCAAAAGAAAAUCCAGACUAACAAAGUAGUGGUAUAAAUUCCCACUUGGGUAUGGAGGGGAAUCACAUAUACCAAAUAGCAGCAGGAGUGAUGUGCAGCUCCCACUACUUCACUGAGGAGCCUGGAAAUGGCAAUUAAGUCGUCUAGUAACUUGUAUGUUUUGGGCAGAGCAGCAAACCCCAGUUGCAAACUCUCCUCAGUUUCCUGUUGCAAAUAUUUGAGCAGGACUGCAGCUUUGUUUUGCAGCAGGUUGUUGGAGGCAGUGGCCCUGGUGCUAUCCCACAGGCUUCUAGAGCUCUGCACUAGGCAAGGGGCAGAAUGGACCCACUUGAAGAUCUGCCAGCAUCUGUGGUAUACCCAAAGAUGUCACGCUUGCUCUGCAGGAAAAGCUGCAGUCAACCUUCAGAUGGGGAAAAUUCAGGCCUCCCAAAUGGAAGAAUUUUAGAACAUUUAUCUUAACCAUUAUUUACUCAAGUCAGAACACAUUACUAAAUCUUUUCUGCAAAUAGAUAUCUGACCAUUUACUGUUGUUUAUUCUGGUCAUUCCUGCCUUGUCCUUCUAAAUUAUUCCAUAUUAAACCUCACUAAAAUGUUUUACCACUUGUCUUUUUCUGAGCUAAAAUGUAUUCCUCCUUUCUUUUGGACAUCGGCUCAAAUAAGAUCAUAGCCCUAAGCAGGAAAAACAACAAACAACAGCAAUGAUUUUAUUGCAUUCCUGUUGGUAUUUGUACUGUACUAUGUUCUCUGUGACCAUGUGGAAAUGGAAGAAAAUAUGCAAUUACUUUUAAAAAAUUCCAACAGCAUUUUGCAAAUAAAAGGCAGUUACCUCAGGCAUAGCCGCCAAUU